AUCGAGACUGUCUUCGGCCCGGUUCCGUCUGGAAUUCACCUCACUGCAGAUACGAGACAUGGCAACGAUGCUGCUGUUGCGAUGCUCCUAGUUAUAGCGACCGUCUCUGUCAUCUUGCGCAUGACGUCCCGGUUCAUUGCAAGUGCGGGAAUACGAAGCGAUAACUUGAUCAUGGUCUUUGCUCUAGUAAGUUCUCUUCUCUGCCCUUCGGUUCGAAAUUUGACAAGAUGCUUUUUAGGGACUGCCUAUGGUGCAGGAACACACGUGUGGACAUUGACGAUUCCGAAAGUUUUGAUGAUUUACAAGAUUCUUUUCGGGUACACCUUCGUUUAUGCGGCAGCUGUAUCAUCUACAAAGAUCUCGAUUCUGUUCUUCUAUUACAGGCUGUUCCAAAAGAACAGUAGCCUUAUCUUCUCUGUUUGUCUCGGACUAGGUGGCUUCCUGGCCGCUGCUUACCCCAUUAUAGUCUGGACAACCAUGUCCAAGGCUUGCCAGCCUACAUCCUUUUUCUGGGAACAAUUCACUGGUGCAGAUGGGAUCUGCCCGGUCGACAUCAGCAACUUCUUCCUCGCCCUUGGGGUCAUCAACAUGAUCAACGAUAUUCUCGUCCUACUCAUCCCAAUCCCACGGAUUUGGAAACUAAAUACCGUAGAGCCUCCUGGUAUAACUCGGCUGCUGACAAGGAUCAACAUGAACAGCGUGUGCGUCGCGAGCACAGUCCGGAUUAAUUACCUGACCGUCUUCAUGAAUGCCACUGAUGUCACAUACGUUAUGGGCCCGGUAUUCAUUUGGUCAUCUGCGGAACCCUCAAUCGGGAUCUUGAGCGCCUGCAUGCUAACUUUCCCAACCCUUGUCCGUUGGCCUCGGCGAAAGGCAACAACG